ACAGAAAACAAUAUGUCUAUAAUCAAAAAAUUUUAAUAUAUUUUUAACAUGUAUAAACCAAAAAAUACAUCAUUUAAAAACAAAUAGAGUUUUAAUUAGGCAUUUGUGACUGAUCAUGCACUUAUGACUUGUCUCACCGCCAAUGUAAAGAUGUCACCAGACUUUGUAGGCUCUUUUUGGCAAAUAAAGCACUUGUUAAUGUUCGUUUAAUGUACACAUAAUUAGCUUGAACCAUUUCACUCUAUAAAAGAACCUACACUUUCUAUUCCUCACUCCCUCCACAAACCAACAAACAUUCAAUGCCAACUUUAUCCUCCACUAGUAAGACAACAAUGGGUUCUCCUCUGCAAACACUGAUUGCCACAGUGGCUAUGCUAAGCCUGCUUAUCGGAUGUGCAGAGAAAGUGAGUGGAAUGCGUUACAUUCCCAACUUCUUCACUACCGGUGAGACAAAACACUCAGAGUUUCUUGUGAGCAUUGCACCCCAACCAUCUGGUCUGAUCCCUAGACUAGGAAGAUUCUUGCUGCCACCUCAACCUAAAAGGCCAUUCCAUCCUUACCACGAUCCAAUUGCUGCUGCUCCAGCCUCUUCUUGUGGAAUCCCUAGUAAUUUUGCCCCACACCCUGGAUAUGGAGCUUCCGGUCCAAGCUCUAGAGAAGAUGAAGUUCCACCAGUGCCACAACCACUUGAACCCAUCAACAAAUAAGCAUUUGCUACAUGCAAAAGGGUUUACAACCUUGGUAUUGUCAGUUUCCUUCCAUCAUAUAUAGUCAUAUAUUUGUUCUAUCUCUCAAGAUAAGAUAUAUAAUGUAUAAUAAAGAAUCAAGAGCAUUUGCUUAUACGCUAUUCUAAACAUAAUAAAAAUGUUUCCAAAACAAA